GGAUUGUCAAAUUCAUGGUCUUGGAUCUAGAAAAAAUAAGUAGAGUACAAAUAGAAGCUCUGUGAAAUCUGUAUUAGGCUUGUUGCUUAUUUUAACUUAAUCAUAUGUAUUCAUUUUGUCACGCACAUAUUCGUGUGAAAGAACCCUGAUUGGAUUCUUUGCGCAGGUGGGAAAGAAACAAUAUGAACCCCCCAGGUUCAUGACAAUAAAUACAGCCAUUGAGCAGCUUUUAGAAGUAGUAGAGAAACAUGGAGAAUCUGCAUACAAUGAAGAUACAGACUGUGUUGGAUUUGCUCGGUUAGGAAGUGAGGAUCAGAUGAUAGUUGCAGGCACAAUGAAGCAGCUCCUGACUGUUGAUUUCGGCAAACCUCUGCACUGCCUUGUCAUAGUAGGCAAGACACAUCCUGUGGAAGAUGAAAUGCUAGAAUUUUACAGAAUCUGAAGAGAACUCGGAACAGAAGGAUAAAGGGAGCUUUUGUCACCUUUCUGGUUUGGUUAUUUUGCCAGUAGAUGUUGUAUCAUGAAAACAAAAGUUUUCCCCUGAA